CGGUCCUGAAGGCGAAUCCGUUCCGGAGUCCUCGGCUAUCGGGGAUCUCUGAAGAAACCGAUUUCUGUUUUCAAAGGAUGGAGGAAUUCAAGGACGAAGACAUCAAAACUACAGUCGCUGUCACCAAUGUCCAACUUCCUGUUCAAAGUGAAGAAGAAGAAGCAGAAAAGGAACAAACAGCACUCACUAGGUCUCGUCUGUAUUUGGUGGGUUUUGGGGUUUUAUGUACCCUGGUAGCUGGAGCAGCUAUCUACAUGGGUGUAAAGACGACUGCGCAACAGGAAAGUAUCAAUGACCUUACAACAGACGCACAGAACGUGAUGGAGAGAAGGAUGACGUUGAUGGAAGACAUCAACUAUCUGAUAAGAGAGAAAGACACAAGGUGUGAGUUGUGUCCACUUGACUGGAUUCUCUUCAAGGACAAAUGCUACCUGUUUUACGACAAACCAGCUCCUUGGAAGACCUGGGAAGAAAGUCGAAGGUUCUGUAAGAAAAGACGAGCAGAUUUGGUUGUUAUUAAUGAUCUGGAGGAGCAGGAAUUUGUCAACAAACAGAUCAAAUAUUACUAUGAUCCUUCUCAUGGAUACUGGAUGGGAUUACAAGAAGUUAACAACACCUGGACCUGGGUUGAUGGACGUGUAAACAGUCUUGGGUUCUGGGCGAAGAAUUGGAUCUCUACUCCUGGACCGCAUGUAAUCGUGAUUCCAGAACGAAAUCCCAAAGAAUGCUGGUCAAAAGAAGAGAAUGUGUUUGAGAACAAAUUCAUUUGUGAGCGUGACGUUCGCAAAUUUUAAUGUAACUGACUGUUCUCUUAAAGUUUCAUGCAGGAAUGCUCAACUGUGUCAUGAAUGUGUUUAUACAAUGAAUUUCAUCAUGACUUUAA